AUGGUUUCCUUCAAAGAGAUACAAGGCUCCAACGCACUCAUUAACGAUGUCACAGCGCCCCGCAUCGCUAUUUUCAUCGGCGGUACAUCUGGAAUCGGAAAAUCCACAAUAAAAGCCCUAGUCGCAACCGGCACAAGCAUAAGAAUCUACCUAGUCGGACGCAAGUCUUCAUCGGAGCGCACGCAGUCCUUCAUCCUGGAAUUAAACGCCAUCAACCCCAAAGCAGAAAUCAUCUGGACAGAAGCCGAGGUCUCACUCCUCUCAGAGACCAAAAGAGUUUGCGAGCUUAUCACAAAGAAAGAAUCACGCGUCGACUUGUUAUUCUUUACAACGGGCUACGCACCAUUCGGUGCACGGAUGGAGACUACCGAGGGUAUAGAAAUUACUCAGAGUUUGGAAUACUACUCGCGAAUGCUGUUUGUUUUUCGUCUUCUCCCACUACUACGCGCGGCCGAAGCUCCCAGGGUUGUUAGCGUUCUUGGUGGAGGGUUGGAAAGGGGGAAUUUCGACUUGGAGGAUAUUGAUCUGAAGAGACCUGGGAAUUUCGGGCCUAUGAAAACUCAGAUGCAAUGCAUUACUAUGAAUACGAUGACUAUGGAGAGACUCGCGGGUGAAAAUCCCGAUGUGACUUUUGUCCACUCAUGGCCUGGGUGGGUGAAUACGGGCAAUGUGAGGAGGGGUUUGGAUCCCAAUUCGAUGAUUGGAUGGGUUGUUUGGUUAUUCCUUGAGCCUCUUAUUGGUUUGUUUUCGUUGAGCGGUGAGGAGUCUGGGCAACGACAUUUGUAUCAGUGUACUAGUGCUGCUUUUGGCGGUCGUGGCGUGCGGUGGAUGGGCAAGCCAGGCAUUAAUUCGCUGGGGCAGCAGGGGGAGCAGGGGGAUGGACUCUUUCUCGUGAAUUAUAAGUGUGAUUGUACGCCUAAUCUAGGGGUUUUGUCCUUGCUGAGAGGGAAAGCGACAGGGAAGAUUUGGAACCAUACACAAGAUGUUCUUCGCCCUUAUAUGCAGGAAGAAUGA